GUUAUACCUCCUCCUACCUGUCCCUCCCUCACUGGAUCUUCGAAACCUUGACCACCUGCGGCCUUGCCCAUUCCUCAACUUCAAAGCUCAAAUAUAGCCCCCAAAUCCAUCACUUUGUCGAGAAGUUAUAGCAGCAGGCAAACCGUGACAGACAUAAAAUCCAACAAGUCCUGGCCUUUAUUUUCUUCCAAAAACAUCCAACAAAACGAAUAUCGUUUCCUUUCUUGCUCUUCACUCGCCAGUUUAAACCGAGCCAUAUCAUUAUUUAAUACCAUCUGUAACGCUUCGAAACCCUCCUUAAUUUUAUCCACGGCCCACAAUGAAGAUUAACGUUUCAAGAAACAGGUUCUUGCUUUGUUUUCGACCCGUUGUCGACAUGGAAGUCGUCCUAGAAUCCAAAGAUAUCGUCGACCGGUCGGCUUGUAAGGAGAAGACCAUCAAGGAAAUGUUGACUCCAAAGAGAACCUUUUCUCGAGUGCUUCUAUCCGUUAUUUGUGAAGCAAUAUUGGCUAAGAGAGCUCGUGACAGGAAAGUUCAUCGUCAAGAGUCAUGUCAAUCGAUCUACCCUAGUCAUAAGUCGAGCUACUCCGAAAGUUGUCACGAUUUUAGCUACGAAAAAUCAGUGAAUCAGGUAUCCAUGGAUGCUGGUAUUGAUCAAGAAGUUAGAACCAACUCUGGGUUAAUGUCACACUCAAGAUCUUCGUGCGGCUCAAGUACAUUCUGUUCAGGUUCCAUUUCAGAAGAAAAUAAAUCACCCAGAUCUUUGACCGACAUAACAAAACAAGUUGAUUGCAGCAAUGAUCCAGACAUUGUAGAGAAGCCAAAGGAGGAGGUUGAUGACAUGGGUAACUGUUCUAGUUUCGAAUCUGGCAUAUACUUUCUUGCCAUUAGCCUUGUGAUCACCAUCUUGUGGGGAAAGCUUUUUGCUAUUUUUUUCACGUUAAUUUGGCUGUACUUUAUGUCUGGCCGGCACUUUGGUUAUGGCAGACAAGAAAAUGUGAUCAAGUUAGCAGAAACUGAGUCCAGAGAGUACCGAAAAAAGGUCAUAAUCGAAGGGCUACUUGAAAGGAAACACCACCACAGAAGGCAUUAACUAUUGUGACGUGAAAAUUCCCUAUUUCGUCCUUUGAUGUGUCUUUUCCGGUGGCUCUCUGGUUACCAAAUUAAAGCAUUCUCAGAAACCAGGUCACUCUACAGUAUACAGCUGUUUCUUCUGAUGUGCUCUUAUCACUGUACUUUCGGAGAUGAACUAGGCAU